AUGAAAAUCGAUAGCAACUACAACAAUUUAGCGGAAUACAUCACUAUAGAUGAUCUUACGCAAUUACACAUUCAACAUCUUCUUGAAUUACUCCAAGAUUCUUUCCAAAUUUUCGGUUUCGAAAGCGUUCUUUACAAGUUUUGCACAGAAAAUAUAACAGACAAAUUCAAUGAUUAUUAUCAAAGGGCAGAUAACGAAUUCACCAACUGCAAUAACGAGUAUUCUAUUUUAAAUUUAGAGAACGAAAAAUACAGAAAAGAAAAAGACGAAGUAAAUAAAUUAAUCAACGAACAUACAAAGAAUAAGUACAAGAAAUUAUUUGCAUCAACAAUUGUUUGCAUUUUAUUUUCUUUAUUCUUCUUUUUAUUGUUUAUUUUUCUUUGUUUUAAGAAUACAAAAAUCCAACAAAUUGAUCUCAAAGCAAGUUACAAUAAUUUACUGAUUAUGGUAACUGGAAGUAACGAAAAUAAUAAUUUCACAUUGAAUUGUUUAUCAAAUCCGUCAAAAGAAAAUUAUAGGGGACUUUUGGAUCAUGUUAAAUAUAUAAAUGCAACUGAUCAUUAUAAGAGAACACUUCUUCAUUACGCUUGUAUAAGAAAUGAUUACGAUUCUGUAAUUUAUCUUCUGACAGAAAAUGCUGAUCCAAACAUCGUUGACAUUUAUGGGAAAACACCACUUUACUACGCAAAAGAAAAUGGAGCAGCUGAUAUCGUGCGAGCAUUAGAAGAAAAAGCAGCAAAGGAAAUCGAUACGAAUAAAAAUGGUUUCAUUUCCCAGUUAACGAAACAAGAAUGGUUCCAGAGAUUGUUCCAGUUCUCAAAUAAGAAAUCAAAUAAUAAUAUAAUUAAUGGAUCCACUGUGCUUCGUGGCAAAGAGAGAUUUGUUUAA